AUGGACACAUUGUCACCAGCCCAAGAUGAUAGUUCAGGGGCCAAUCCAAGCAGUGUUAAAAGUGAUGACAGUAGUCCAAGGAAUGACACUGGUAGAGGUUCACCACCUCCAAAAUGUGCAAUAUGUCUUGGUACAUGCCGCAACAAGUCAUUUACUGAUUCCUGCCUUCACCAGUUCUGUUUUAAAUGCCUACUCACCUGGAGUAAAGUCAAAGCUGAAUGUCCACUUUGUAAGCAAAAUUUUAGAUCAAUUAUUCACAAUGUACAAUCAAAUCAUCAAUAUGAGGAGUAUAUGGUCGAGCAAAGGCAGACGGAAGAAAUCACUGAAAGAAUUGAUAUUGAUAAUAAUACAAUUGCUACAGCAACUAGAAGGUUCAGAUACAGGACAACACUGACACUACCACGGCGGGAGACCAUCGCUAUCCAGCAGCUGCUGCUGCACUACCCCAUGAUGGCGGACGUGUUCCCGCCGCCCGCGCACCGCCGCCGCUCGCCAGCGUCCUUCCGCCGCACCGUAUACCGGUAUAACUUGUGGGCGCGGCCUCUGCCCGACUUCACUGGCAGAUUUAGAGACUGCACACCAGAGUUUUACAGGUACAAUGACUCACAGAUGCAUCGAUUAGUACCCUGGCUAAAUAGGGAACUUCAUUAUUUGUUAAAUGAAAACAUUGGGCAUAUUUCAUAUGUUAUAGCAAAAAUAUUAGAAUUGCUGCCACAGUAUCACAUCAACUCCACGGAGUUUAGAGAGACCAUGCAACGGUACUUUGGAGACCGAACUGAACAUUUCUUACACGAGUUAUACUGCUUCGCCUCCACGCCCUACGACAUGACCGGCUAUGAUCGCAACGUACAGUACACCACGGACACCAGGGUGUCGACCAUGGUCAACGAAGUCAUCUCCAGCUCCGAGUCGGAGGCGAGCGUCGACUCGGACAUCGUAAUGAUUUCGAGCUCGGAGCCGGCCGACCCGCCGCCCGGGCCGUCGCGCGCCGCGCCCCGCGUGCCCGCGCCCGUCUACCCGCACAACUACAUCCCUGAGCCCGCCGCCGACCGAGUCGUCCCCAUCGAGACCAUCUCCCAGUCCGACACGGACGACGACUCGUCGGAGGUGAUGGUCGUCGGCUACAUCAAGCCGCCGCAGGACCGCACGCCGGAGGUGGUCGACCUGCUCGGCUCCGACAGCGACGUGAUCGUGCAGGAGGCCUCGCCUGCAGAGCCGGCCUCCGGCGAGGCGCGCGAGUCGAGACCGACGCCGCUCGUCAAAUUCACGCUCAAGCGAAGUGCUCCCAGUCCUGGCGAAUCAGACAGCGACAGCAACUACACGCCGUCUCCGCCGCGCCGGCGCCGCCGGCUCGGCUCCGGCCUGUCCGGCACUGUGAGCCCGCUUGGCCGCAGUAGUCCCGCCGGAUCCGCCGGAAGCCCAUCCAGCCCAGCCAGCACUGCCGACACGCGCCGCACUACGCCCUCUGGCGCAUCGUGGUACUCAUCGCCCUCCACAGACUCCACUGACUCGGACUGCUCCCGAAACGAACACAGACGGAGGAAGUCGCGGAGGCGAGUCGACUACGCGGAACGAAACAGAAGGAAACAGAAAAAUAUGUCAUACCGCAGGAGCAAAAAGUCGUCUGCCGCUCUCACCGGCCGGGAAAAGCGAAGUAAGCGUAAAUCACACUCCGGGAAGGGAGUAAAAUCGUCGAAAAAGUCUAGCAAUACAGCGGCGUCCGAGCCUGCGGUGCCGGCGGCUCCGCUACCCAGUACCAGUGAUUCGGUCAGGAGUAGUAAGCGUAAGUUAGAUAGUAACGUAGGUCGCCGCAGGUUAAGCCGCGAAACGAAAAGACUGAAAAGUGUCGUAAACGUAAUAAAUAGCCAAAAAAAUUCUGGCGAGUCCAGUUCUGGUUCCAAAAGUAGUUCGACGACUGGAGGGGCGAGCGGCACCAGCGUACCGUACCCGGCCGCAGCGCCGGCCGACGCCGACCACCCCGACUACUCCGACUCCGAGGACGACCUGCCGUUGAACCUCUCGAUAGCCAACGCGUUCUCGUCCUUGUAAAUAUGUCAGUGAAGUAAACGAGUAUUGUGAUAAUUUUAUAUUAUUUAUGAAAGUAACUCCUGUCACUUUAAAAUGAGCUGGAUCUCGAACAGAUCGCUCUCUCGCUGUUCACACCGUUGACUGUAAUUUUUGGUUAUAAAAAAAUAAAAUUUUAAUAUUAUAUGUAAAAAUGUAUCGAUUUCAUUAUUUAUAUAUUUUUUUAAUUGUCAUGAGAAACGUGAUUGAUUUAUCGAGGCAGAUCCAUUCAUCAUAUAAUUUUUAGUAUAUAGUAUACCAUUUUGUACAUAUAUUAUAAUUAAUGCAAAUCACUUCAAUUAUUUCGUAAGGCUUCUUUUUUUUCAUUCUCAAUCAAAUCUAUGUCCAUUUGAGUAAAAAAAAAAUUCUUUUUCAAAUUCUGUAUCGCAUCAAUGACUAUAUUACAAAAUUUUGUGUACAAAAUUGUUCAAAUGUGUUAUUUAUAUUAUCAUUGCUUUGGUAAAUGUUUAAUUUUGUUUGAGAUACGGGUAUUUGUUAUCGAAUUUAUAUAUACCAUUAUUACUAUUAAAACGAGAUGAUUUGUGGCUACACGAAAAAUUUAAAUCUGAGAUACUUAAUUUUAUAAUAUAUAAUGUUUAAAACCAUUAAACAUUGUAAUAAAUAAAAUGUUUGAAACCUACCUUGAAAUUGUAAUAUCACUGCGUUGAGCACAUCUCAUGAGCUUUCAUUAUUUUAAUAGGAAAACGAGUUACUGUUCGAUUGUAUAAAGGAUAUUAGAUGUGCUAAACCGAGUGAGCGAAAAUAAAUGUACUCAAUGAA